CGGCCGAAACAAGAAGAAGAAGGAGCAGGAAGGAAGUUGCAUCUGUGUGGUGUUCGAGGUGGCUGUUGUUGUUGUUACUUUGGCGUGCUCACCUGAGCGGCUGCAAACAAAACCAGAAGGACUCUGGAUGUUUACGCUCAUGUUGGUGGGCGGCGGAACAGUGCCGGGCGGCGGGACGCGGAUGUAGCUGACGGUGCCGGGGAGUGCAGUCGGGUUCGCGGCUCAGCGUCGCCUCAACUGUCGAAGAAACAAAGUGGCUGCAUCAGUUCAGAGGCGUGUGGGGAAGUUGGCCAGCAGUCACGGUCAGGUGUGACGUGCCUCUCCUUGCUUACGUAACCCGAGAGGCCUUUUCAGCCACCAGGAAGUAACUUCGCUGACCAACAUGGAACUGACAGGAGACCCAGGAGAGAGCCUGAGUCAGCAGUGCAGCAACUGCGACUCCACCUUGGCCGCGUGUUGGUGUCUCGACUGUAACGAAGCUCUGUGCAGCAUCUGUGUGUCGGCCCAUCGCAGAGUCACGGUGACGAGAUCGCACAGGCUCCUCCAUCACCCGCCAGAAGGAAACAUUUUGUCUUCUCCCACCAAGUUCUGUAGACUCCACCCAUCUGAGCCGCUCAAACUCAUCUGUUUCACCUGUAAGCAGCUCACCUGUAGAGACUGUCAGCUGGCGACUCACAUGAAUCACAGGUAUCAGUUUGUCAGUGAGACGAUGGUCACCCUGAAGAAGCAGCUGGACAUGUACGCUCACUCGAUCAAAAGGCAGGAGGACGCAGUGAGGCAGAGCACGCAGGACAUGGAGACCAGGCUGCAGCUGAUCGAGCAGUCUGAGUCUCAUCUGAGGACUCUGCUGCAGGAAGGAUUCAUCUCUUUUGCCAAGAUUCUGAAAGCGAAUAUGAUGAGCCUCCAUAAAGACAUGCAGAAGGUGUAUGAGUUGGAGUGUGAACAGAUCCAGGGGAGGAUGACGAAGCUGAAGCAGCUGCAGCAGAGUCAAAGUUCAGUGAAGGAAACUCUAGAAAAGGCUCGAACUCUGGCAGACCUGCCGUCGCUGCUCACACUCACAGUGCAGAUUAAAUCUGAGAUGAAGGCUCUUCUAGAGCAGGACUCAGAUCCCCCUCUGAAAAUGCCCGAAGUGAAGCUCAUCACCAAGAAGGACUACCAGGAAACCUUCUCUGAACUUUGUAAACUUCACAUUUCAUGGAUCCCCUUUUCUGUGCGGCCAACCUCGGAUAAAAACACAGAAGCUACUGCCGUCCCUCCUCCCACCUCCACCUGUAACCCCAUCUCCAGCACUGUGAUGGACAGUACCUCCGGCUCUCCUUCACUUAAUCCAUUGCCAGCUUCCUCCUAUGCUGAGUUUUCUCCCAAGUCCAGGAGAUACUCCAUUUCUUCCAUCAACUCACUGAUCUCCUCCAGCCCUUCAGCAUCACCUGUUUCAAAUGACUGUGUUGCUACACCCUCUCCCUCUCCAUCUCCAUCAUCAAAUUCAUUUUCUGCCUUCAACAAAUUUUCCUCCAACCUAACCCUUUACAAUCUCCUCACAAAAGAACAUAUUGAGAUACACCAUCCAGUAAAUCCUCAGUCUGCCUCCACAAGCUCCCAGUCUGGUCAGUUGAGUCAUGCUCUUCCUCCAACCUCCACCUGUCCUACGUCCUCUAGCAGGCCCCUCCUCCCCUCCUGUAGUUCCUCAGGCACUCCAGCCAGCCAUGCCUCUCCUUUGUGCACGCUCUUAUCUAGUCAUCAGCAUUUCCCCUCGUCCUGCUCCUCCUUCAGCUCCAGCUCCUCUCCCUCCGUCACUUCUUCUGCUCAUCCCUCUACUUUUCCACUGCCCACUGACCCCAUCAUUCAAACUGGCAAAACUUUGAACUGUAAGGCACCAGUUACCAUCGGCGCUCUCCCUUCACAAUCAACAUCCCUGUCUGAUCGGUUGAGUGUUCUGCCAUCCUCCACAACCUCCAGGCUUCCCUGUCCCUCCGCCAUCACUCAUUCCAUCUCCACCCAUCCAGUACCCACUGGCCCCAUUAAAACUGGCACCACCUCAGGCAUUCCCACUCCCGUUACCAUCACUAGCUCUUCUUCACCGUCAGCAUGUUUGUCCAGUCAGUUGAGACUUCCUCUAUCCGCCACCUCCUCCUCUCCUUCCACCUCCAGUUCAAUGUUCACUGGCUCCAUCGCCCAAACUGGCCCCUCUUCAGACAUUAGCACACCUGUUGGCACCAAUAGCCUCUCUUCACCAUCAGCACAUUUAACCAAUCAGUUGAGUCUUCCCCCUUCAGUUUCCUUAUCCACCACUCUUUCCACCUCCACCUGUCCAGCAGCCUCCACCAGGCCUCGUUUCCAAACUCCCAACACCAGUGUUACUAACAUAGUUGUUCCAGAUAGUUCCAAAAGUCACCCUUCAGUUGAGCUUGUGUCCUGCAAUCAGUCUAAUCUCCCUCUUUCCUCCUCCAUGUGUCCCUCAUCUGUUGCUCCUCCGACCGUCUCUUCCACCCAAUUGGCACCUUUCUCUAAAAUCCUCUCCAGGAAGGCUGGAGCACCUGUUCAGAUCAGCAGUUUUUCUACAUCGCCGCGUGCCUCUCCAAAUCAGUUUAAGCCUCUCUCUACACCUUCGUCUGUGGUGUUGGCAUGUUCUACAACCACCUCCUCCACCACACCUCCUAAAUUCAUCUCCACCUGUCCUGCGUCUUCUUGCAGCCCCCUCCUCCAAACAGGAAACUCCAAAAACACUAACUUACUUGUUCCAGUCAACACUUUCUCAUCUACCUCUUAUCCCACUGCUUCCUCCUUGGUAAACUCCUCCACCAACCCACCUGUCUCCACCUUUUCUGGUCUGACCAACACUAACACUGCCUCACUUGUUCCAGUCAGGAUUCCUUCAACUCUUUGGAAUUCCUCAUACACUUCGUCGUCUAUAGCUUUCACACACACCUCCUCUGCGACCCCGCUCACCUCCACCUCUUCUGCAAUGCCCCAUGGCUCCCUCCUCCAUACUACUUACUCACUUGUUCCAUUCAACCAUCUUAGUACUUCACAGAUCUUUACUACCACUGUUACUCCUACCUUGUCUUCCUUCAUCAAUUCUCCCGCCUCUGGUAACAGUAGUUCAUCUCCCACCUAUUGGUUCCUCCCCAAAACUAAUGCCUCCAGGGCCUCAGUUAAGUGUUUAAGCAUGCUGCCUCCUGGCUCCACUUUCCCGCUGUCAGCAAGUCAGUCUCUUCCCACCCUUCAACCUGUCCAACCAUUACAGGUUCUGAACCAAACAGUUGGUCCCCACCAGAACCAGCCCACAAUUGUCAUGCUAACCAACACUCAGAGUACGUAUCAGGUGCUGCUCAAUGAGGCUGCUGUCUUCAAGCUACCUGAUAAUCAUGCUUCCCACCUGGCCAUAAUGCAGAAACCAAGUGGCCUCAAGGAAAGCACAAUCACAGAAGUGAGUCCAGAGACUUCCGGUGGAAACUCCAGUUCUGAUGGCCCGAGCAGCACGUUGCCAUCAAAUCAACAAACCCUGGAAGAUAAGAGCCCAGCUGUACCCAGCAGCCCAUUGGCCCCUCUUCAGAAACUUGAUUCUGACAGCACACUUUAUUCCUCCUCCUCUGGGGAACAAAAUCAGCAGAUUCCGGUGGUGGACUCUGUGGUUGACUCUCACUGUGAUAACAGCAUGCAGCAUACGGAGAAGGCACAGGAAACUAAAGAAACCAAACACAAUGCUGUCAUCUCUGAAGAAACAAAACUGACCCCCUUUCUUUCUGAAGAACCUGAAAGCAACCCUUCUGCACUGGAGACUUUAGACGAGGAGAGUGAAGAGGUGAGCGCUGUGAUUGGACAGCAGGACUUCAGUCUGAGUCAGUGGCAGCCCAAAGUGUCUGUGUUAAGACUGCCUCUGUCCCUGCCAAGUUCUGGCCAGCCCCUUCCCAGUUUUCGUCUGUUGCCCGGAGAGACUGAAGAUGAGAUUUACCUGGAGGAAAUGAGUGAGGACUCUCAGUCCGACACUGAUGACGGGUCAAGCGACAAAGAAGAUUUCAAAAGGCCUUUAUCAUCUCCAGACUCUCCUGUGACCCUGGAGAUACUUCCCUGUUCGGUUUGUGCGUCACCCGGCACUUCGAUCAUCUGCUCAGCCUGCGGUCGAGGAUACCACAGAGACUGCCACAUUCCUCCUGUCGGACCUGACUUUUGGUCCGAGUGGAUCUGUUCUUUAUGUCAGGACCUGUCAGACCCUUCAGACCCCUACAGCGCCAAGAGAAUUCAGAGUACCAGCCUCAGUCUGCAAAGCCAAAGGAGGUGUGAGAGUCUCGUUCUGUACCUGAAGGUUGAAGUCUGCAGUCGAUGCUCUGAGUUUGGAGGUUUGUCUCGCCUGAAGCUGAUCUCGGACCGUCUGACCCUCCGUCGCCCUCCUCCGUAUCAAACGGCCGCACAGCUCGUCUCCGACAUGUGGGCUUUGUUCACAGACGCCUCACAGGACGCUGAGUUGAACAAACUGCAGGAAAGUUUCCAAAAAAAUUUGGUGGAAACUUUGGGCCCAGUGGUCCAUCCUUCACUCCUGACCGCACCAACGCCGAACCCACCACCUGCCGCAGGCUGUGCAGACGGCUCACAGCACAGCGGAGAAGAAAAGUCGGAGAGCUCAAAGGUUGAAGAGGAAGAAGAGUUAAUACCGGGAUCCAAACUGAAAGACUUCAGGAAGAGGCUGAGAGACUUUCUGGAUCUGAAGGGAAGUUCAGGAACAAAGAGGGCAAAGAGAGAGGACGAGUGAGGAGGAUUUGAUUACCAACAAAACUGAUGCCAAACAGCUGCUUUCCUUUUGGACCUGUGGAUGUACAAGUGACCUCAGCAAACAGUAUGAUUAGAAAUUCUUUACAUACAUAAUAAAGGAGAAAGAAAGCAAAGAAAAAGUUCCUGUCAGAGUUUCCUCUAGCAGCCUGAUGUCUUUAUAUGUCAUUAACCCAGAGAUUUAAUGCAGUGUGAAUACGGGACAGUGGCGAACAGACUUGCAGGCGAUUAGUUAUGUGUGAUUAGGUGACUUUAAUUGUGUAAUUAUUUGACUGAACUCUACAUGUGACUGAAAUCGACUGAAAAAAGGAAUACAGAGUUUACGAGUCAGAAACAUGAAGACGGCUCCAAAAAUGGUGGAAAAGAAAAAAUGAGACAAUUUCACAAAACAAGUUCUGUAAAAAAAGAAAAGAAAUGCAGACUGAUUUUCAUUGUCAGGAAGCAGCCAAAUCCACCAGAUCGGGCAAGCAGCGGAGCCGACGUCGGGGUGCUUCUACAAACGGCAGUGGUGCUGAAGGCUGUCUCGAGGUGCACGAGGAGAAUUAAACCUGGAAAGGUCUUUGACUUUUUCAGACCUGUUCCCGUAAAAGAUAAAAAGUAGCAGACAUUAAAGUAAGAGAGAGGAUUAGAUUUAGUUUCAUUUCACAGCAUGAAAAAGUCUCAUUUCUAGUUAGAAGCUCAGUAACUUUAUAAAGCACUUUCAGACACGGUUACCAUUUGCCUUACGUUAAAACCCCUGCAGGAUAAAGGAGCAUGAAAUCAGGCCACUAAAUGAAAUCACAUUAUCUCCCACGCCUGCAGGAAGGACCUGCACAAACACAGCCGAUAGCUGGAGUCGGUGUAGCAGUAAAAUAUUUCAGAACCUAGAAAGAUUUCUCUUUAUGCUGUUUUUUUUUUUUAUCUCAACAUAAAAGCAAAGUUUGAGUCAUAAACUCCAGCUGCUUCCAAACUACAAAAACAUUAAGCUUGGCCUUCGUUUCUGAGCUGAUCUUCUUCCAGCUGCAGUCCACGAGAUAUUUACAGCUUCAUGGCUGUCCAUGUGGUCCAGCACCAGUUUGUGAACAGUUUUCAUCAAACAUACACUUUGAUCAUGCAGUAUGAGCGCUCUGACUCUAAUUUAUGAACAUUAACGAUGAUUUGUCUGUACGUUUAGGUCAUUGUCGGGGAUCACGGGCUUCUCAUUUUAGUGCCUUCUUUAAAGUAAAUGUAACAAAGUCCCACUGUGUCAGAUUGUGACCAUUGUGACUGUUAAAAAUAUUCAUUCAGACAUGAAGCCCUCAGGAUACAUCUCUGAACAAGGCUUUACCUUGUUAUUGAUUAUGGAGCACUUUCAUUGCAGUAAUGGUACUUUUACUUGUAUUUGAAUACUACCUGGUGAGGUUUGCCAGCUGAGGCAGCUUAUCAGCCGUGAUGUGUUCUCACUUCAGUAUCUCCCUAAAGGCUGAGGUCUCCAGGGAACAGUGUAAAAUUCCCGUUGUUGAUGUUUACAGCUUGAACAGUUUCUGGUGUGUGAGGCGAGUUUUCUCUUCGACAGCAGCUCCUUCGUUUCCUCUGGCAUGCUUGAUGCGACUUUUAUUGAUAACUGAUGUGCUUACAGGUGCUUUUUGUGUUUUCUGUUGAAUUCCCUGCAAAUUUAAGUGCAUGUGGACAAACUUUUUCUUUCUUUCUUUCUUUCUUUUUUUUUUUUUAAAUGAAUGACUUUGCAUCUAUGACCAGUCUUUACUGUGUACGUAUAAAUCAGAUCAGCUCUUAAUACAUUUUAUGUGAAUGUCUUUAUUUUCAUGUCAAAUCUAUCAAAUCAAAUAUUCUGUGCCAUCUGCUGUGAAUGAGGGAGCAGCUAACAGAGGCUUUAUUUAUCUGUCAAGAUGUUGAUAGGAUGGUUAUUUACAUUUCUUUGUAUCCAGAAAAUGUUCCUGGGGAAAACAAAUGUGCUUUUAAACAAAACUCCUGAAAAUGAUUCAAAAUUAAACUUUCUGCAUGAAGUUCCAGCAAUGAGCAGAAAUCUGCUAUUCAGGUCUAAAUGUUUAACAUCCCUCCUUUGAUAAUAAAUUAAAUGGUUCCGCCAAGAAAAUUCAGGUCAGUUAAAUUCUGCUGAUAAAGUUUGAGAAAAUAGAAAAGAAGGUGGUUCAGAUGGAGACCAGCAGGUGGAGCCAAAGAGACAAAAAGGGCAGCUUUUCUUUCAGUCAUUGAUGUUUUGACCAAAUCUGCAGCUCUGUCUCUGCAGCACACAGUAAGUCUUCCCUGACUGUAACCCUAAAUUGCAGAGACGUCCUGAAAUGUCCCCACAAUGCAAAACUGUCCCCAUAAUGUAGAGAUGUCCUAAAUGUCCUCACACUGCAUAUAGGUCCUAAACUGUCCCAACAAUGUAGAAAGGUCAUAAAUGACCCCACAGUGCAGCAUGGUUGUUUUGGUGCAAAAAUAGUCUAAAAUAGUCCCACAAUUAGAAGUCCUGAAAUGCCCUCAAAAAGACACCAACAGAAGCACGUACACUCCAGUAUCUCCUCAUCUGCCUCGUUACUGCUGCUGGUUCAACAUCUUCCAAUAAGACUUCAGAUAAGAACUCUCCACCAACCAGAGACUGCAGUCACAUUGUGGGCCUUGACUGCCAGCUCUGAGGCCCCGCCCUCAUAGUGUAUAUAAAGACCGAGCUCUGGAGCAGGACCUCCAGAUCUUUGAUAUCUGUUAUAAGCAGAGCCUGAACUGAUUCCUGAUGGU